AAGUGAGAGCCGAGGGAAAGGCUGUUUUCGUCCCCGGUGUUCAGGUCACCCUGUGUUUGCUCCUGGUUCAAACAUGUGAGCGCUGUGUGACACUAGUACUGUGGCCGCGGGCUGAACCAUGGAGCGGAGCGACUACUUCACCUCUCUGCUGGCCGGAGGGACGGCGGGUAUGUGUGUCGACCUUAUUUUAUUCCCGCUCGACACCAUUAAAACCAGACUUCAAAGCCCUCAGGGAUUCUCCAAAUCUGGUGGUUUCCGCGGCAUCUACGCCGGCGUUCCUUCCACGGCUGUUGGGUCAUUUCCUAAUGCUGCUGCUUUUUUCGUGACUUACGAGACUGUGAAAUGUGUGCUUCACUCCGGCUCCUCUCCUUACCUCACGCCAUUAGCGCAUAUGGCAGCCGCCUCUAUCGGGGAAGUGGUCGCUUGCCUUAUCCGUGUGCCUUCUGAGGUCAUUAAGCAAAGGGCACAGGUGUCUCCGUCCUCGACUACUUAUCAGAUGUUCGCCAAAACCCUGCGCCAGGAGGGAAUCCGAGGCCUUUAUCGAGGAUAUAAAAGCACAGUCCUGAGAGAGAUCCCAUUUUCACUCGUUCAGUUUCCACUUUGGGAGUUUUUAAAGGAUCUCUGGUCAUGGAAGCAGAGCCGUCCGCUCGAUUCUUGGCAGUCUGCAGUCUGUGGAGCAUUUGCAGGUGGUUUUGCAGCUGCGGUUACUACCCCCCUGGAUGUAGUGAAAACCCGUAUAAUGCUGGCAAAGACUGGAUCGAGUACUGCAAGUGGAAAUGUGUUGCUGGCGCUUAGUGAUGUUUGGAGAACUCGUGGCAUCACAGGGUUAUUUGCCGGCAUUGUGCCAAGAAUGACCGCUAUCAGCCUUGGAGGUUUCAUCUUCCUCGGAGCUUACUCCAAAGUCCGCAGCUUACUAGGAAACACAUCUUCAAUAGGAAGCUGAAGACUGAUGUGCACCAAGACACAGCGGAAAUGGAGGAACCGGCAUAUUCACAGGAAUGUGGCCGUCGGGCUGAUCCAUGAGCCUCCUCCUCUCAUAUGUGACUUUUCUAAUAUUUCCAGGGGAUCCUUGUAGGACCGCAAAGCUGAGGGGUGUGCGCUGUAACCAGAACGCUCCACGUUUCUAGAGCAUUCGCUCCAAAAGUCACCAGUAAAUUCAGUCAUUUUUUUAAUCUCCUUCUAACCCUAAUGUUCAUAGCCCCCAACUCCAGCACAAGAUGGGUGAAAGCCAAAAUGGCCGCCUUUAUAGCUGCUGCAGGGGUUUAACUCCGACCUGAAGGGCUAAUAUGCCUAGAUAGGCAAUGACAAGGUCGCAGGGGACGUGUAGGUAGACAUGAUGUUUGGUGCACUGGGGAUUUUGAGUGGAACUGUAAUACUGGCUGCAUUUGUUGUGGACAUAAUUUAUCUCAUUGUUGCUGCUGAUGACAGAUCUGUUACUAUUUUAUUUCCCACUGUGCAUGAGGUAUGGAACGGAUUGGCUCAGUAACCCCAUGACCAUGUACCCAGUACACAAAUGAUGUAUUCCUAUAUCGUUCAGA